GCUAACAAUAUUUCGUUAUUAUCAAUGGCAACUAAUUCAAAACUGCGUAUUGGUACACAUGAUGGACGAUUCCAUUCAGAUGAAGUACUUGCAUGUGCAAUGCUUAAGCAUUUGCCGGAAUACUCAAAUGCUGAGAUUAUACGCACGAGAGAUUCAAGUAUUUUGUCAACGUGUGAUAUCGUCGUUGACGUUGGCGGUGUAUUCAAUGCUGAAAAUCAUUUAUACGACCAUCAUCAAAGAGAAUUCAAUCUUACUUAUAAAGAUUUUCAUCCAAAUUCUGAUUGGGAUAUAAAAUUAAGUAGUGCAGGUCUGAUAUACGUUCAUUUCGGUCGAAAAAUACUAAGUUGUAUACUUGGUAGAGAUGAAAAUACUAUGGAUCCAUUGGUGACGGCACUUUUUGAUAAGAUGUAUAGUUCAUUUAUUGUUGAGAUAGACGCCAUCGACAAUGGUGUUCCAAUGGCAACAACACCUUUAAAAUAUUCUACGAAUACAUCCUUAAGUAGUCGAGUGAGUCGUAUGAAUCCAGCUUGGAAUCAGUUGGAUGCAGAUGAAACUAUUUGCUUUCAUAAUGCUUUACAAUUAGUUGAUAAAGAGUUUACAACUUUAGUUCAUUUCUAUGCUGAUACAUGGUAUCCAGCUCGUGAAAUUGUAUUAAAUGCUGUCAAAAACCGAUAUUCAAUUGAUCCAUCUGGUACAAUAAUUUAUAUUGAAGGUAAUGGAUGUCCAUGGAGUGCACAUUUUUUUGAAAUUGAAAAAUCUUUAUUAUUAAAUAAUAUGAAUGUAAAUGAAAUUGAGAAAAAAAAUAAUCAAAUUUUAUUUGUUAUUUAUCAACGUAAAGAUAGUACAUGGACUUUACAAUCUAUACCAUUGAAUGAACAUAAUAAUUUUUCACAAAGACUUCCGUUACCUGAAAGUUGGAGAGGUUUACGUGAUGAAGAGUUAAGUAGUGUUGUUGGACUGCCUGAUUGUAUAUUUGUACAUUCUACUGGGUUCUUAGGUGUACAUAAAACUCGUGACGGUGUUCUACAAAUGGCAAGAUUAACCAUAAAAAUGAAAGAAAAUCAGUAACUUCUGUUCUGUUUUAUCAUUAUCUAUUUUUAUCCUGGUUCCUAAAACUAAGAAGUACACGUAUAUACUUUUU